AGGAGGCCGAGUUAUUUAUGUAAAUGGAGAUAUUUAUCAGAUGUGACUGGUAUGGAGUAUAUCAGAUUUGUUCUCUGAUUUGUGGCCGGUUGACUGUGUUUCCAUAACUCCCCUGAUAAUGAUAGGUGAGAAGGAGAUGUUCACAUAUAUCCAAUAUCACAAGGGUCAGGGAAAACAGUAGGAGUCUAAUUAUACAGAAGACAGUGAACAGGUUCGUCACAGGGGUUCACGCACGCGACCAUGACUUCGCCAACGAAAAUUCUAGUCUGGUUAAAUUGGUACUCAUCUCGGCUGUUGGCGGCGUGAAAUAACACCUCUUGAUGGUAUGAUCAAGAGCAAGAAUUGUGCUAUAAAUUACAAGUGGAGAACAUUCCAGCAUUAUCUUUUACGAUCUCCGAGUGGUACAAAUGUGCACCAAUGUUCUGUACACCUGCGGAGUAUUGCAUGAUCUAAUGAGUUAAUAGUGAGCUUCACGAACAGUGUUACACGAUAUUCUAUAAAGUAACACCAACAAUAUCAUACACAAAUGCAAAUGGCGUGUUUUAUAAAAAAAAAUGUGUGAUUAAUGGUUUAUCACGUUAAGAAGUUUCACUUUUCCGCGCCUCAUAAAUAACGCCGAACUGACUACUCGUCUAUAGUAUCUACCUACCCGAGCGCGUUCAUCUGGAGCGGUCGCCCUGAGAACGAAUCCACCUUGACAAUUUCGGUAAGCUGAAUUAGCUGCACUUACCGUGAAAUGGACGGUGUUAAUGAGGCGGAUCCCUGCACAUUGCUAUUGAAAGCUUCCUGUGAGUGAAUGCACGGUGUAAUUAUCAGGAAACCCUUUCGGUGAUGUGGACUCCAACUUUUAGACUUCUUCUUGUACUGUUCGUUCUAGGUUUGAGUUACCAGGUAUACAGCCUCUGUAUUCCCCAAUGUACCAAUGGCGGGUCUUGUGAUGAAAACGUUUGUGUAUGUUUGUCGGGGAUACGGAGGAAAUUCCUGCGAGGAAGUUUUGGCUGCUACGACAUCAACGACAACGACGACAACAACAACAACGACGACGACAAAGAAACCUGCUCCACCGAAAGGCCACUGCUGACAGUCAAAGAAAUAGGACAACACCGGGAAUUUCUCAAGCAUCAACUUUGAGCUUUAACGGACUUUAGAAUGCAUUUUCAAAUCACCUCUCUGUUGACCAGAUAUAAAUCAUAAACACCUAUUUUACACAAGCAGCAACUGAAUCUACAAAUCCGUAUUUUUAUUAAAUAUUUUCCUUGUUUCCUGACA